GAAUCGGCAAACGCGGAGGUUCACUAAUCUGUGUGAAAAUCCACGCCCAAAAGCACACGACACAGCCAGCGAGAUUCACACCUUGAGUCUGUGUCAACAUGUCGAAUCCUGAUGUAACACAGCCCAAUGGGAACACCAUCAUAAUUGCGAUCAUUGUCCCGGCCUGUUGCGUUAUCCUUCUGAUGACCCUACUCAUACUACAUCGCCACCGAACGUAUCUCCUGCCAGGACUCAGUCACGAUGUCGAAGCAGCGCGGAAAGAAGAACGCGUACGAAUGCGGCGGGCCGAGCUGGAGAGCAACAUCAAGACCGAACACUUCUACGACUGGCUGGCUGCACAGAAAGAGAAGAACCCUGACUCACUUCUGACUAGUGACCCUGUGUGUGCGAUCUGUCUUGACGAGUUCGACGAGGAUGCGCAGAUACGGGGUUUGCGAUGCUCUCAUGCUUUCCACACUCAAUGUCUGGACGAGUGGUUUGGUCGCUAUAAUGAAUACUGCCCACUGUGCCACAGAACCAUCAUACCAGGCAAACGGCCUAUGAGACCGCGAAUGACGGAACGGCCGCGACCGAUGCCUGUCGCUUUUAUGGGACAUGUCGUUUGAAAACCAACUUGCCGCGCCGUAGACGCAUUCUGUGGCUUGAUUCUGGCCCCUUGGCGUAUACGCCUACGAGUGUCGACAGAGCACACGACAGCUGCGCGAUUAUCAAGGAAGAUGGUUCGAUGACAGUGCGGUAAGGCAACGAGCUAGGGACUGCUCGCUUUCGCGAAUUCUUCUCCGCGGGAUUCUCGUAAUUGCCGCUCAUCAUGCAGCACAUAUCAACGGGAAGACUGGUGCCAUGUCGUGACAGGGUGUCCCUUCCUACGAUCGCAUCGAAUGGUUGCGGAAUAUGAGUAUCCUUGCUCCCCACAAGGAGCGACAAA